AUGAUAUCAGUGAAACGUCCGAGUGUUUCAAGCCACCCAAGUGCCCAUCAUCACCAUCACCAUCAUCAACCGCAUCACCACCAGCACCACAAACAGCACCAUCAGCUGCACAGUCUCCAGAACGGUGCAUCCAGUGCCAGUUCGGUUACCUCGGCACCCUUGGUAACCACGACUUCGGCCAACAACAACCGUAUCAUUCGAAGCCGAAACCAACUAUCCACUGGUGGCGAGCAGCACCAAGAGGGCAAACAUUUGCACCCUGGCCAUUGGAAUCCUCACAGCGGAGGCUUCGUGUCCAAUGGCGGCCCAGGGGUAGGAUCGUUCGGUGGUGUUGGUGGUGUUGGUGGUGGACAGGUGAAUCGACCCACCGGAUCCGCCUCGUGGACCGGAACGGGCAGUGGUUGUUCGAUCAUAACGAACGGCGGAAGUCUCUACUAUAGCAAUAGCAACGGGGGCUACGGUGUAAGCACAGCUAGCGUAAAUCCCAAGAUACGAGACAUUUACGAGUUCGACAGCUUGUUCUUGCUGCCAGCCUGUGCCUUAACGUCGGACAAGGCGUCCAAUCUUCGUAAGGAUCUGGCCGCGUACGAUUUCGACAUUAAAAUCCUGGAGGACAGUCCACGAGGAUCUCAUAACGUUUGGCAAUCUGGAAACAGAGAUGCAACCGUACAAAAACAAUCAAGGCCGGCUUCAGCCAAUAGAGACCGUCUGCAUGAACAAUCUGUUGCGCACACCCUUCACUGGUUUGCUUGCGUCGGUGAUGAUAGUGUCGAUAACGGUAGAAACCCAGAAGAAUUACAAAAAGAACGCGAGGAACGAAUAAAACAGAUGAAGGAACGACAGAACGAGGAACGCCAAAAGAAGCUCGAGGAGCUGAAGGCACAAGCGUUAGCGGCACAAAAGUUCCGUGAGCAAAAGGAGGAAGAACGGCGCCGCCGGAUGGAUGACCUGCGGAGGCGGGAAAGCGACCGAAGGUCACAGGUCGAGGAGCGUCGCCGCGCCAUAAUCGAGGCCGAUAACGAGCGGCGGGAGUACAUUCUGCGCAAGAAUCAGGAACGCGAACAGCGCAUGGAGACGAAACGGCGAAAUGAUCGAGGUUCGAUCCAGUUCGCCUUUGGAUCGUCGACGCCACGCAUGAUCGAUACCAGUGACAGUGGCAUGUGCAGCUCGUUCUGGGCUCAUAGGAGAGCCACAUCCAUUACGAACGUAGCGUAUACAGGGGCGGCAUUAACGAGGCGUAGUUCCGAGCGUGAACUAACCGACAGUGCGUCGAAGAAACGAGCUACCUCCGCCAGUGGUCUCGACCGAUCGACCGACGACCAACGGCGAAUGUCCAGCUCGAUGUACGAGGUGUUCAACUGGACGAGUACCAGCGAGUGUCCGAGAAAGCUAACGUUUUCGCUGGCUGGUUCCGGCAUCAACAUCGACGAUCCUCCAACGGCCGCCGAAUAUCAGCCGGCAGCUCCGCGUAAUUAUGCUAGCGGAAAGGACGAUACAGCAGAAAUGAACUAUCAGCGCACUGUCAAUCGUCGAAAGACUGACUUAAUGCCUACCAUUCCUAGUCCUCGUGAUAGCUCUAGAUCGUCUCUCGGUACACACACUCCCAGAACACCAGGCCGAGCAUUUUCGAUGACGCGUUUGGAUCAGUUGGCGCGACCAAGACGGCGCAAUGGUGAGCACAUCAGCGCGAUUCUGGAGCGCGAACGCCGUCAAGCCCUGGAGUUGGAGAACCUGACCCGUCUGUCGCUCUCCUCAUCCCGGUCAUCUCCAACCGGCAGUGGUGGCAACAGUAAGCGAAUGUCGCGCAGCAUGUCCCAGCUGGCCGGCAGCGGGGCUAAGUACCGCAACCAAUCGCAGGACUCUAAUUCUGGCCGUAGUCCCGGUUUUGGCGGUGGACGCAAAUCAUCUUUCCACUCGUCGUCGAUGAACAGUGGCAGCACUUCGCCCAUGCGUCGCAACGAUACCUCCAAGAGUAUGUCCCAGCUGAACACGGUUGGCAGCACACCUCGUAUUACCAAAACCGAACGUCUACGGCAGCAGUAUCACCAUCAGCAACAGCAGCAGCUUCAGAAUCAGCUUCUGGUGACGAACGGUCUCCGUUCCGGUGAAAUGACUCCUACCAGUCUGAACACUUCGCGGCCCGGCAGUGCAAUGUCCAGCUCGACGACCGCGUCCGGUAUCGUGUAUCGACGAACCCUGCCAGCACAACGUAAACCACGACCGGCUAGUAUCGCCGUUACGGGCGUAACUGCCUCUGGUUUGAAGGAAGAUAAACCUCCACUCCCAAAGACAGGAUCCGGUGCUUCGACCGGAAGCGGCGUAACAAGCGCGAGCAGCAAACAUCGAUUGUCGAGUGCUGGAUCUGGUAGCAUUCACACGACCCCUGCAAAAUCAUCUUCUGGCAUGGAUACGCCAACGAAAAAACCGCUAACGCUACACUCGGCGGAAAAACGGUCCACGGGUGUCAGGGGCUCCACACCGAAAGCUUCUUCUACGCCCUUACAAUCCCCGGGCCCGGAAAAGGCAUCCCGCAGCUUGCAAGAUUCGCUGAAGAAAGCGGCUGACGUCGUCAGUAAGAAGGUUCCAGCUACCAAUGAAAAAACCACGGCGAAGGCCCCGGUUCCAAAGGACGAUGCAGUUGUGGUGGAAGCAAAGCAGGAAGCGCCAAUUGUUGCCCCCAUGCAGGAAGAACAAAGUGUCGAGCCUGAAAAGGUUGCUCCACAAGCUGAAAAUACACCACAAACAUCACUGAUAGAGGUGGAACAAUCAUUCGGACAAGAAGAACAACCUCAGCAACAGCAGGAGGAAGUAGUGGUACCGGUGCAACAAGAGUCCCCGACACUCGUACAGACAGAGAGCGUUGACCAGCCGCAGCAAGCAGAUGCUUUCCCCGUCGAGAUAGAACCAGCGCCAGUAGUGGAGCAGUCAGAAAAGGAACAACCAGAAAUCAGUGUUCUAAAACCGGAAACCACAAUGAUGCCGGUGGAAGAAACGACCGAAAUCAUCAAUGGCAGUUUGACUAUUGAUGCGUCCGGAAACGCUGCUGACGCAAUGACUGCUUCUAUGAUCGCAAAACGUAUCACUACCGAGGAAGAAGCAAAGGCUGCCCUUGCUGAGCGUCGCCGUUUGGCACGUGAAGAAGCCGAACGAUUGGCGGAACUGGAACGCAAACGUAUCGAGGCCGAAGAACAGGCCGAGCGUCAGCGUAUCCUGGAAGAGGAGGAACGCUUGCGCAAGCUGGAGGAGGAAACGAUCCGGCUAGCGGAAGAGCAACGCCGCAUGGAGGAGGAGCGGCUCCAGCAGGCUAUCGAGGAAGCGCGCCGACGAGAUGAGGAGGAACGCAAACGGCGCGAAGACGAAGCUCGACAAAAGGUUGAGCGCGAGGAAGCCGAACGAAAGGCGCGCGAGGAAGCCGAACGGCAGCGCGUCGAGAUGGCUGAGCGGUUGAAAAAGGAGGAAAAGGAACGGGAGGAACGCCGAAAGCGCGUUGAAGCAAUCAUGUCCCGCACCAGAGCGAAGGGAGCGGCUAACAGUACGCCGACAAAGAAUAACGAAGACGACAAGGAAAAUGCCAUGUCCAAGAGCCAGAUUGUACUUUCGUCCACACCGGCUGCCCUCCCUACCGGUACUGCCAUGUCCGCAUCUACCAUAUCGAUGACCGAUUCGUUCAUUGCUUCCGAACUUCGACAAGAGCAGCAACAACAGGCCCAGCAGCACCAGUCGCUCGAACAGGCAAUGGAGACGCUGUCUCUGAGCAACAACAAUAACAACAAUGGCAACAGCAGUAAUAGCAGUAGUAGCAGUGAAACAUUAGCCCAUAGUAGCGCCAUUAACAGCAUCAACAACAAUAACAACAGUAGCAAUGGCGAUAACGUUCAGUUUGAAAAGUCCGUAACGGAGAAGGAGAACUUGCUGCUCACCAGCAGUACCGGUGCUACCGUGGUGGCGAACAACAAUCUCAACAACGGUAGUACCAGCAAUGGUACCGUCGUCGAAUCGACCACUAACGCGGAAGGUACGAAUAAUGGUACGAAGGGUGAAUCGAUCGUACUAACGACGAACGGCAAAACGGAACAACAGUCGUCGGCGAUGAUGGCGAGCAGCAAUGGCAGUAAUGCCACAGCCAACAGCACCUCGGAUCUAAUCAUCGAGGAUGCGCUGAUGGGCCAAACUAACGGACACAAGAACGGCACCAUGGACAAUGUGUUUGCUGUGAAUGAUUUAAUGAAGGUGGAUAAUGUUCCGAUGGAAUUGAACGAUUUCAUCAGCCCGAAAAAUGGUGAUCAUCACCUGAACGGUGAUGAAAGCUAUCCUUCCAUAGUCGACCGGAACGCUACCGAAGGUGACAAGCAGCAUUCUUCGAUCGAUUCUUCUGGCACUGCGUCAACUGUGACGACAGAAAGUACCAUCGUUACAGCGGGUGGUGCGAGCACCACUGCAGAUCCGUUGAUUGAUUUCGCUAGCUUUUCCAUCAGUGACGAUCCGGAUCAAUCAAUUAUCCGCGAAGGAAGCGUCAGCGAUGCCAACUUCAAUCCGCUCACCCCGUUUGAUACUGCCGACAGCGUGAAUGUGACGGUAGUGCAGCAUAAUGCUACCCUUGAUGUGCAUAAUGCGUCCAACAACAAUAGUAUUAACCCGUUCUUCUCGAGCAAUGAGCCCGUCACCUAUCCCGUGCAUGAUGGAAUCGAUCGUGAGCGUAGCGACAACCACGCGACGGAAGCCGUACUAUUUGAUCUAGCCCUUGAUAACAAUACCAGCACUACCACUAGCAGUUCCUUUUUUAACAACAAUAACAAUACACCAUCCAACAACACUCCGUGGCUAGUCUCAGCGACAUCCGACGGUCAAGACAAUCGAGACUUGUCGCUCUUGUGAACGAGUAAGGUGUAAGGCAAAAAGGGCGCACUGGUGUGGUACAGCUAAUCAAUUCCGAUGGGCUUUAAAUGACUGUAAAUCCGUGGCACCAGCACUAAGGUCAGCAGUCGUACGUGACAAUUCUACACGGUAUGAGUGCGGCACGAGUGAUCGUCCAGCUAACGCGCAGUGGCAGCAGCUAUGAGGAAGGGAAUGCGCGUCGCUCUCGGUCCAAUGUGCAAAUAUUGUUCCGUUAUUGCGCUGCAAUGAUAAUGUGUUUUUACCGAUAGUCAAACAUAGCUAAUAUACGAGAAAGCAGAAGGAAAGCAAACGCGCCCCCCCUUAGCUUACUAAGAGGAACGAGCAACACUGGCGUGUGUACGAGCCGGCACUGAUGGAUAUGGUUCGCCACUAGGUUUCUGUUACUCGCUGUAGGAUAGGUAACGAAAACAAAAAAUCAAAACGCAAACGUUAAUGGUAGGAAGGAACAAUGCUAAAUUAGGUAGUAGCGAGUGUAAUGCGUGUGCACAUACAACACUGCAAAGAGGGUGGAACCGAUGGGACAGACAGAAUCGAAACUGGAUGAAAUCAAAACAGAUAUAUCCUCUAGCGAACCUUUUGUCAAAGGGAAGACCAUGAAUGGAUCAGGAUAAUUCCAGUCAGUAAAAGGGACGCAUUGGAAAUCGAAGGAAAAACAAAAACAUAAAAAAACCCUUACACAUACGGAAGCACUCCUCCUACUCCCGUGCACUACAAAAAAAAAAAACAUCCAGUGGAAUGUUUUUUUUUUGUUUUUGGUAAGCGUUCCAGCAACCAUACUACAGAGAGAGAAUAGUUUAGAUGAGUAAGAACAAAGAAAUAGCUUGCAAUUUGUUCGUUGAUGGACCUCUGAUCCUUUAAACGUAAAGGUGUGUGGUGCAAUUUGUUUAUGUUUCCUUUCGUGCAUAACUUAUUCGUAACAUUGUAAAUCACCUGAUUUUGUAAUUCCGUUGUGAAACUCUCCGUUUUUCGCUCCACCCCCAUUUACAUGUAUGUAGCGCUUUGUGGCACGUUUGAAUAUGAUGGAGUACAUGUUUCUCGUACUAGCAUCGCGAUGAGCGGAAGCCUUCAGUAAAAAGGCAUGCUCAUCGGUAGCCUUUGUUUUAAAACGUUCAACAACUUACAUGUUUCCGGGUUUGUGUACCAUUUCUGUUGAAAUGUUUCAGUGUAGUCCAAACAAUUGUAUUAUAAUUUAUUGUGCAUCGCGCAGAUUAGCGAAUGUUAGAGACCGUGUUUAGCUACCUUUUGUGUUUUUGGUGUUCAAGCGCACUCGCGGCAACGGUUCUGUAAUUGUAUGUAACCACGUGGAUUAGUAGACCCCGCUGUUUUUUUUUGUUUUUUGCUAAGUUAACCGUGAUCAUAAGCCUUCAAUAAUCAUUUUUAUCAAACAAGUGCUACAGUGUAAUAGCUCAAUCGAAUGUGAAUCGAUUGGAGCGUUGGUGUUCGUAUCGGCAAUAGCGAUAGCUAGCACGCCGUUACGGGUGGUGAUUGUGCAGUGUUUAGACAGUAAAUUUCAAACCCAAAUGUGUAAAGGAACUUAAUAAAAAAUCGAAAUCAACAAAUUGAUUGAUACAAUUAAAGUGCAUAACAUUCUCGAAGAAUUAAAACACACCCAAGAGACAAGAGGACAUCAAAUGUGCUUUCACUGCGGACUGGGAGUAAAGUAAUCGUAACUAUCGAGCUAAUAAAAUCACAAGCGUUACGCGCGCAAACGUUUGGCAAUCUUGCUAUCACGGUGCGCCAGCAUGAGACUUAUCUGCGUGCGAACGUAUUUCCCCGAAGAGCAGUGUGGUUUUGGAAAAAACGAGGAAGGAAGGAAGUAGGAAGAAAUGUAGGGUGCGUUCUAAACAACUAUCUAAACCGUUUGAUUAAUUAUUGAUUAACAGCUGAUUAAAUCUAUCAAAUCACACCCAUACCGGGGGACGGAAGAACUUCUUUUUCCGAUCCCUUCUUACUGCAAAGAUCAAAAAGCCCACAUCCCUGUUGUGUCGUGAUGUUUGUCGGGGAAGAAACAGCAAAACCCUUCUAAAGGUGGUGCAAUACCAGGACAUUGUAGUAAUGGCGGUAGUUAUACUAUUACACCCCGCUUUGUUCUUGCUUGCAUAGAACUAUUGUACGUAUAAACACGUAACAAGGCACGGAUGCUGAUUGAGGACAUGGACAUGGAAGGUACAGGAAGGGCAAGUGCUAACGCAUGAAUGCAGCUGUGGCAGUAAAUGGCGGAAAUGUAAGCGAACCGGAGAUAAUCCUAGUAUUCUAAUCUGUUAAAUUAUGAUGUAUAAAAACCAAACAAAUUGUGAAUGGGUGAGUGUCCUUUGUAAACACACACACAACAUAACACAACGCAUACAAACACACACACACUGCUACAUUCACAAGCUUACUAAAGCAAGGGAAAAGUGAAAUGGAGGAAUUACCAAUCCCAAAUUAACGUUACUACACACAACGUACGUACAUUAGCAUUGGACACCAUUGGUUUACACUCAAAAAUACACAACCACACGCAUACAGUCUAGUUUAAAACUAAUCCUACGAAUAAAUGUGUUAACUUAUAUACCACAAGGAUUUACUACUCUUUGCCUUGAAACUUGGCCAAUCGGAGUGGUGCCGUAGAAGAGCAGUGGUUUGGUUUUGUUUCUUUCUUUUAACAGCGGUAAGAAAAAAGUCAGUAACAAUUGUGUGCAGCGGGCGUGGUACAGUGAAAGUUAUAGCACGGAAUAGUCAAAGUGUGAAAAAUGUUAAAUAGGAUGUAACACUGCUGCUGCGCCCGACUUAUAAUACCGAUGAUGAUUGUGGGGCGUACAGCAGCAGCAAGAGCACGUAGGGCAGAGAACCGCGAACACCGGUUCACGAAUGAGUAAAGUUAAAUUAUUCACCUGUAUGUUUUCCAAUGAUAAUGUUCUUUUCCUGCCCCUCUUCUUUACCUUAUUCUUUUUGCAAUAAAACCAGAAGAAUAGUAA